AUGCACCGCAAGUGCUGGAUCGAGUCCAGAGAGACAAUGACCAGUUGCACUCCCGCCAAACACGGCCGUUGGUCGGAAAAUGAGCGCUUCCCUGGCGCGUGGAUGGCCAUCGCCAGCGUCGACAAUGGCCUUUGUCCACUACUCGUCCUCCCUGCUCCACCAAGGUGUCGCAGGGGAGCUGAUCUUUCGUUGCUGGCCUUCGCGGCCCUUUCCCUCUUCGUCUGGCCGCAUUUCUUGUUAGAUGACGAGACAGUAGUUGGCGCCAAGGAUGCUCAGCCCGAGGCCGAACAGGACCACGCUCCGGUCGUGUUCGGGAAGGGGUGUGUCUUGCACGACGAUCAUGACGAGUUCAGCCAACAUAUCAUCAAGACCAUCCUUCAAAGCGAGCGGGAGCUUGGAGAUGGAGUCAAGGAAGAGGACGAGAAGGAUGCGAAGGAUGCAGCCAAGAAGCCGUGUUUGAUACGAAUGUUCAAGGGCGACGAGCUUGACGAGAACUUCGUGUACACCGACUCUGACAUGGUCAGCAUCAUUUCGCGGAUCGUGGAUGAGAACUUCGACUGUUUUGAGAUCGAGGAGGUGCAGACCGCCACCUACGAUCGCCUCAAGUUCUUUAACGAGGAAAGCACUGUUGAUGCUGCGUCAGGCUGGGAGGAGAUCGUGCACAAGACCCCGAUCCAAGAGCUAUUUUCAAUGAUAGAGUUUCUGCGCGAGCAUGCCCGUGAUAGUUCCGAGGCAGACGAGCGUCCAAUGGAGUCUCCCUUUGUGGACGUGAAGACUGUUGUUCCAGAGGAGCCCAGCCAGGUGACCGAGGCCGAAGAAAAGGCCGUAGACGAGCCAGAGGAGGAGAGCUCGGGGUCCAUCGUCGUUGUUCCUGAUCCUGAUCUUUUGCCGUCCGAUCACGCCCCAAUGACCGCCACCCUCGCCGAAAAGAAAACCGACGAUGCGGGAACAUGCGCCGAGGAAAAGGGCCCCGACACGAUCGCGCCGAUGGAAGAUCAAGCGAAAACGCUCUCAGUCCAAGGCUCAGCAAACUUGCUCGCGCGGAUCUUACACGAGACGUUUGGCGGGGACGGGGCUCAGAAGGCGCCAGUGGCGGCGCGUCCGAAGGUGGCCCCGUUGGACCUCAGCAGCAUCGCGAGCAAGGAGGCGGCCAAGGGGGCCCGGCCGGCGUCGGGGCUUCCUCUGCUACGCUCGAGGCUCGACUCGGCCCUCUUGAGUCCGCUGAGGACCGCCAAGCUCAGAGACGCCGUCCGUCCGCUCGAGGAGCUCUACCUCCGGAGCGCCAAAGACUUCGACAAGCUCGACACCCUCUGGGCCGCCUGCGGCCUCAUUCGCGCCUGUGACACCCCCCGCGGCCCCGAAGGGGGCUUUGGCGACGGCACUCCUGCCGUGUGCUGA